GAGACUUGCCGUGAAUGGGUCUGGGGGCUGAGUGGGCGGCUUGGAAUGUGGAUGGAAUGCAGGAGCUGGUUGGUGGAGAAGACCCGGCUCGGGACAUGGAGUGCCGUGCGGUCCUCUUCCUCUGCCUGAGUCUCGUGACUUCGCAGAGUGGGGCAGAAGAGGCAGCCCAAGAGCUCCUGAGCUGGAUGAAGGGAAUGGAGGUGCCCAGGGGACGAAUCUCAACUAAUCCUGCCGCCCUCAUCCAGGGUCUGGUGCACAGACUGCUGAAUGCCACCUUCAAGGGCUACAACCUCACCUGUCAGACGCACACCAUCCAGACGCUGGCCUUCAAGCUGGGCUGCGACUUUGCCGGCCUCUCGCUGGACAGUGAUGCUCUGGACCGCGUCCCCCAGGCCGGGGCCAGGCACGCCAUGCAGUUCCCCACCGAGCUGACGAAGGAGGCCUGCAGGACGGGCCCCAGGGAGCUGCGUCUCAUCUGCAUGUACUUCUUCUCCCCCAGGUUUUUCCCGCAUGACGACUCGUCUCUGCUCAAUAACUACGUCCUGGGGGCCCAGCUGGGCCACGAACACGUGGACAACCUCACGGAGCCCAUCAACAUCAGCUUCUGGCACAACCAAAGCCUGGAAGGCUACAACGUGACCUGUGUCUUCUGGAAGGAGGGAGCCAGCACGCGCCACUGGGGGCUCUGGAGCCCUGAGGGCUGUCGCACAGAGCAGCCCUCACCUUCCCAGGUGCUCUGUCGCUGCCACCACCUCAGCUACUUCGCCGUUCUCAUGCAACUCUCCCCAGCCCCACUCCCGGCGGAGCUGCUGGCACCUCUCACGUACAUUUCCCUCGUGGGCUGCAGCAUCUCCGUCGUGGCUUCCCUGCUCAGUCUCCUGCUGCACUUCUACACCAGGAAGCAGAGUAACUUCAUAUCACGCAUCCACAUGCACCUGCACGCCUCCGUGCUGCUCCUGAACGUCGCCUUCCUGCUGAGCCCCGCGCUGGCCUUGCCCUCCAUGCCCGGGGCAGCGUGCAUGGCACUGGGCGCCGUCCUGCACUACGCGCUGCUCAGCUGCCUCACCUGGAUGGCCAUCGAAGGCUUCAACCUCUACCUUCUCCUGGGGCGUGUCUACAACAUCUACAUCCGGAGAUACGUGCUCAAGCUCUGCGCAGUGGGCUGGGGGGUCCCAGCCUUCCUGGUGCUGCUCCUCCUUGCCAUCAACGGUUCAGCUUAUGGCCGCCACACGAUCCCUCUCUCGCACAGCCAGGGGAACAGCGCGGCCUUCCAGAACAUGUCCAUAUGCUGGGUGCGGAGCCCUGGGGUGCACCGCGUCCUGGUCAUGGGCUACGGGACCCUCACGACCCUUUUCAACCUGGUGGUGCUGGCCUGGGCGCUGCGGGCCCUGCGCAGACUGAAGGCGCGGGAGGAGGCGGCCGGCGCGCCCGCCUGCAGGGACACCGUCACCGUGCUGGGCCUCACCGUGCUGCUGGGCACCACCUGGGCCCUGGCCUUCUUCUCCUUCGGCGUCUUCCUGCUGCCGCAGCUCUUCCUCUUCACCAUCUUCAACUCUCUCUACGGGUUCUUCCUGUUCCUGUGGUUCUGCUCCCAGAGGUGUCGCGCCGAGGCCGAGGCGGAGGCCGAGAAGGAGGCCUUCAGCGCCUCCCAGAUGCACUAGUCUGCACGCGGCCCGGAACCCCAGCCUCUCCGGCUGCCUGCACCCCGAGGCCCUGGCUUCCGCCAGAGAGGGUGGCAGGCCAGCUGCUGGACACCAGA